AUGGAGAGCCCUCAUGAGCACCAGCAGUCCGUGCUGCUUUCGCGUAUCAUCACCAAUGUCGAGAAACUCAAUGAGGCUGUCAUGGUCAUGAACAAGGGCCUUCAGGAGGUCAAUAUCCAGAAUAUGAACGUCGAGCUGGUGGCUCAGAUGUUUAAGAACUACCAGUCUAAUGUUUUGUUUCAUCUAGAGGCUACGGAGAACCUAAAAGAACCCUCACCGCAAGGUUCUACUUAG